AUCAUUAUAGAUUCGGCCCAAUAUGCAGCCAAGCCCAAAAUUCGAUUAGGGUUUCGCCAAUUCGCCCCCUCCCCUCUCUGUCUUUUCGUCUGACGGCGGCUCCCUCCCUCCCUCAUCUCCUCUUUAGUUUUUCCUUUCGCCCCCUCCCCUCUCUGUCUCUUCGUCUGACGGCCGAGCGGAGGCAAGCAUGGUUCACGUCAGUUUCUACAGAAACUAUGGGAAGACAUUCAAGAAGCCCCGGCGUCCAUAUGAGAAGGAGCGUUUGGAUGCGGAGUUGAAGCUUGUCGGAGAGUAUGGGCUUCGAUGUAAGCGGGAGUUAUGGAGGGUUCAGUAUGCUUUGAGUCGCAUCCGAAAUAAUGCUAGGAUGCUUCUCACUCUUGAUGAGAAAAAUCCUCGUCGGAUCUUUGAGGGUGAAGCACUUCUACGGAGGAUGAACAGGUAUGGGCUUUUGGAUGAGAGCCAGAACAAGCUUGAUUACGUCUUGGCCUUGACCGUGGAGAACUUCCUUGAGCGCCGGCUUCAAACACUCGUCUUCAAGUCUGGCAUGGCAAAGUCUAUUCACCAUGCUCGUGUACUCAUCAGGCAGAGGCAUGUCAGGGUUGGGCGGCAGGCGGUGAAUAUCCCAUCUUUCAUGGUGAGAGUGGAUUCUCAGAAGCACAUUGACUUCUCUCUCACCAGUCCUUUUGGAGGUGGACGCUCGGGAAGAGUGAAGAGAAAGAACCAGAGGGCAGCUGCCAAGAAGGCUGCUGGUGGAGAUGGAGACGAAGAGGAUGAGGAUUAAACCUUAGCGUAGGUGUGCGUGACGUAGUACUGUUUUUUAGAAAAAAUGAAUAUUUAUGUUUACUUUACUGGGUGUCGGUACUUGGUAGUAGUACUUUUACUUGUUUGCCUUGUUUGCUGAACAUGACAGAUCAAUUCCUUUUUGGUGUUUGUUUUUAA